AUGAAACAAGCUGAAACUAUUAUCCGAGCAUCCAGUGCCAGACUAUGUCCUUCCGUCAUCCAACCCGUCAAAUGCAAAGGCCUUCUUUCAUUCGCAGUUUUUAGAUUUGGUGAAAGAUGCACCCUGGAACAUGACAUACCAACAUUUCUCGCUAAAAAACCUGGAGACAUCGGUAAUAUUUGUCCCCUUUUUGAAGCCAGAGGAACCUGCCCCUUCAGUUAUGCAUGUCGAUUUGGCGGUGCGCACACUGAUCCGCAAGGAAAUCAGAUUAGCAAGGAACCUGAUCAACCAUAUCAAGAAACGAUAAAUGGUUCUUCGAUACAAAUUCAAAUCGCACUUAGGAAAAAGACAUUUAAUUUCAAACGCUCGGAAGAGUUAUUGCUUGAGGUGCUCAAUGCACUCAAGGAGGGAAACACUGGAGCAAUGGAGCGCGAAAAGCCGAGGUUGGACAUGAAAACUCUGAAAGGAAAGAAGUUUUUAGCUCCUCUUACUACUGUGGUAGAACCAGCAUUUUAUCAUAAACUUGUAGGUGAAGUUGGAAUGAUUACUUCGGGUAAUCUCCCAUUUCGUCGCCUCUGCGUGGAUUUUGGUGCUGAAAUCACUUGUGGUGAAAUGGCUCUUGCAACCAGUCUUUUAUCAGGUGUCGAAACAUUUGCAAAGAAGAUUAACAUAAUUUUAGGAACUCCAUCAGAGUAUUCCUUAGUGAAGAGGCAUCCAAGUGAAAAAUUCUUUGGUGUACAAUUGGCUGGAGGAUUUCCCGACACGAUGGCGAAUAUCAAGUACGGCGAUUUUGUUACAGUAAUCUCGGCAAUGCGAGGAGUAAUGCGCGAUGUUCCUUUGACAGUUAAACUUCGCACUGGCCUUAGAGAGGGUAUUCUCACAGCGGACGAAACCAUCAGAACCAUGGUUGCGUCGGCUAGACCAGAUUUGAUCUCAUUUCAUCCGCGCAGCAAGGAACAACGUUACACGAAGCUAGCUAACUGGGAUUUCGUGACUCCGUGCCUUGAGGCUUGCGGCGAUGUACCUUUAUGGGUAUGCGGCGAUGUUCUUAGCUGGCAGGAUUACUAUCAGCGAUUAGAACUGUACCCUAUUAGUGGCGUAAUGGUUGCGCGUGGAGCUCUCAUUAAACCUUGGAUUUUCACCGAAAUCGAAGAACGUAGGACAUGGGAUAUUUCAGCGAACGAAAGACUGGAUUUGUUGAGGAAGUUCGUAAAUUAUGGGCUAGACCACUGGGGUAGCGAUGAUGCUGGCGUGGAGAGGACGAGACGCUUCCUUUUAGAGUUCUUGUCAUUUCAAUGCAGGUCGUCUUUGUCUUUGUUCGAAUACCUCAUCAUUUUUUCUUUUUCAUUUCCGGAAAUCAUUGCAACAUUUUACUUAAGAUACAUUCCUGUUGGCCUUCUUGAGCGACUACCACAGCGCAUCAAUGAUCGCCCCCCUCUUUAUCGUGGACGCAACGAACUAGAAACAUUGUUAGGUAGUGGACGAGCAUCAGAUUGGAUUGAAAUAAGCCGCAUGAUCCUGGGACCGACUCCCGAAGGUUUUACUUUUAUACCAAAACACAAGGCUAGUUCCUACUAA